UAAAUUUCUAAGAGCCUUUAGUCCUGCCAAUGCUUCAACAAAAUAUCCAAAAUAUCCUUGCCUUUUGCAAUCCCUCUUCCUCACAGGCUCUGAGUUGGUAUCAUUUUCCCAGUUUUUGAUGAUACUAUAUGAAUAACUUUGACGGGGUAGAGACUGAAGUAUCUUAAAUACCAUCCCAUAGUCAUUGCACAGAUGUCAUGUUAUUCUUCUUCUCCCUACCCUUCAAUCAUAAUUAGUACUACUCCUUAUUGGUAAUUCCAAAUAUAUGUGAAUAUUGUUGUAUAAUAUGAGACAUUUGAGGAUGUGUUAGUAUGUGCAGUUCUUUUAUUGACACAAAUAAUCAUUUACAAAAGCCACCUUGAAUAUAGUCAUCUCCAUUGUUUAUGCUUUUCUUCGUAAAUAAAAAUAGUUUUCCAUGCUUGAUGAGGUUGAUGAAAGAGUUUAAGUGCCUAUAUGAUAUUAUUUGCAAGGACUAUUAAUUUUAUGUCUUUAUAAGACCCAGCACUUCCAAAAGCAUCUUAAAUUUCUCACCUAUUUGUCCAUAGGGUAUUGUCCCAACUUGGUUUGCUGUAUAUAAAUGUGGUAUACAAAUGUACCACAUAAAAGGUGUCAUAUAAGCUUAGUUUAUACUUUUAAAAGUUGUAGGUGCUAAGACAAUUACUAUUAUGUAUGCUUCCCAGCUUAUGAGUGGCAGGCUUGUCAAUGCGUCUUUUACUGGAAGAAAGACCAAGUAGUCUCUUUUUGGUCACUCAUGAGGAUGUUGUUAACAUUCAUAAGAAAUCUCACAUUAUUACCUCCAAAAGCAAGCUUUUAAUGCAAUCACAUGCAGAUACGGAAUUUGACAUACAAAUUUGGGGAAAUGAUGAAGGCAUGUAGUUCAUACAAGGUAUUAUACUGGUGUGAAGACCAUCAUGGUUUGUGUUUUUUCACCUCUAUGCAGGCUUAUGCCCAACAACUAUCAGAAUGUUCUAGCUUUUAUUUUUGCCAUUGAAGAGAUCAAUAAAAAUCCUUGUCUUUUACCCAACAUAUCUCUGGGAUACGAAUUCCACAAUUUCAUGCACAGCCACUGGAGGGUGUUGGAGAGCUCCCUCAUUUUGCUCACAGGACAGGAUGAGAUCCCUAAUUACACCUGUAGGAGACAAAGCAAUUCCAUAGCUGUACUAACAGGAACAUCAUGGGCAACAGCUGCUCAAAUUGGGACCCUGCUGGAACUCUACAAAUUUCCACAGCUUACCUUUGGCUGUUUUGAUCCUAUGCUAAGUGAAAAUGCAGAGUUUUCUUCUCUGUAUCAGACGGCCCCAAAGGACACAUCUCUGGCUCUUGGCAUGGUCUCUUUGAUGCUUUAUUUUGGCUGGACAUGGGUGGGGCUGGUCAUCACAGAAGGUCAGAAAGGUCAUCAGUUUCUAUCAGAUGUGAAAACUGAGAUGAACAGAAACAAAGUCCGUGUGGCAUUUGUGAAAAUGAUCUCGAAUGCAGUCUUGUCGGUUCUUGCUCAUGCACAGCAACAUGAUUUCCUGACCAGGGAGACAUCACCAGUAAACGUGGGUAUCAUUUACUAUGACACCAAGAGCUUGAAUGAUGUGAACUAUAAUAUUGGACAGUAUCGAAUGACAUGGACUGUCUGGAUCACAAACUCACAGUGGCAUGCAGAUAUGCCUGGAAGAAACUUUAUACUUGAGUCAUUCCAUGGGACUCUCAUUUUUGCAAAGCAUCACAAGGAGAUUCGUGGUUUCCAAAAGUUUAUUCAGGCUGUGAACCCUUCCAUGUAUCCAGAAGACAAUUUCCUCACUCUAUUUUGGUAUGAUCAUUUUCAUUGCUCAGUGGCUGAUUCUGACUGUAAGUUGAAGAACUGUACACCUAAUGCAUCUCUGGCAUGGUUGCCUGGGAAUCGUUUUGAUAUGACCAUGAAUGAUGACAGUUACAAUAUAUACAAUGCUGUGUAUGCCAUGGCCCACGCACUCCAUGAGAUGCUUCUUCAGCAAGUACAAAGGCAAUCAAUGGGCCAUAGGGAAGGAAUACAGAUUUCCCCCUGGCAGCUUCACCACUAUUUGAAGAAUGUUCAAGUUAACAAUCCUGCUGGAGAUCAAGUGAAUUUAGACAAUAAAAGGAAGCUGGAUGCGGAGUAUGACAUUUUCAACUUUUGGAAUUUUCCAGAAGGCCUUAGACUUAAGGUCAAAGUAGGAUCAUUUUCCUCACAUGUUUUACAUAAUCAACAAUUGUCUUUAUCUGAGGACAUGAUAGAGUGGGCCACAGGAAUUACAGAGACACCCCGCUCUGUAUGCAGUGAGAGUUGCAAUCCGGGAUUCCGAAAGUCCUCUCAGGAGGGAAAGAUGGCCUGUUGUUUUGAUUGCACCCCUUGCCCGGAAAAUGAGAUUGCCAAUGACACAGAUAUGGAAGAAUGUGUGAAGUGCCCAGAUCACCAGUAUGCUGAUAUCCAUCACAAGCACUGCGUCCAAAAAUCUGUGACUUUCCUGGCUUAUGAAGACUCCUUAGGGAGGGCUCUGGCAGGCACAGCCCUGAGCCUCACUAUUCUCACAGUUGCUAUUCUUGGGCUCUUUGUGAAGCACUGCAGUUCUCCCAUUGUCAAGGCCAAUAACCGAAGUCUCAGCUAUAUCUUGCUUCUCUCUCUGUCCUUCUGUUUUCUCUGUGCUUUGCUCUUCAUUGGCCGCCCUAAUACAGCCACUUGCAUCCUCCAGCAGGUCACAUUUGGAAUUGUGUUUACUGUGGCUGUUUCCACCAUCUUGGCCAAAACUAUUACUGUGGUUCUGGCCUUUAAGGUCACUACUCCAGACAGAAGGAUUAGGCAGUUCCUGGUGUCAGGGACACCUAACUGCAUCAUCCCCAUCUGCUCCCUGAUCCAAUUCACUCUCUGUGGAAUAUGGAUGGGGACAAGCCCACCCUUUAUUGACAGAGAUGCACACUUCGAACAUGGCUUCAUCAUUAUUGUAUGCAAUAAGGGCUCGCUCACUGCCUUCUACUGCAUGCUGGGAUACCUGGGCUUGCUGGCCUUAGUGAGCUUCACUGUGGCUUUCCUGGCCAGAAACCUGCCUGACACAUUCAAUGAAGCCAAGUUCAUCACAUUCAACAUGCUGGUGUUCUGCAGCGUCUGGGUCACCUUCCUCCCUGUAUACCACAGCACGAAGGGGAGGGUCAUGGUGGCCAUGGAGGUCUUCUCUAUCUUGGCAUCCAGUGCAGGAUUACUGGGCUGUAUCUUUGCCCCCAAGUGUUACAUUAUUUUAUUUAAAAAAGAUAGAUGUUCUUUGCAAGGGAUCAAAAUUAAAAUACAUUCUGGAAGUAAGUAGCCUUCUUAAGUUCACACAUACAGUUUC